AUGCGUUUCCAGCACAGAUAUUUAUGUCGUCUCUUUCUCUCUCUACAUCAUCACACACUUCGCUGCAUCCCAUCCUUUCUCUCUCUAAAUCUCUCUCUCUCCUCUUGCAAUAAAAGCCUCUCGAUUCUCGGCGUUUAAAUCCACCAUUUCGAAUAUGUGUUAGUCUAAAAUUCGAUCUCAUUCUUGGCUUUGAUCGAGAAUUUUCAUCUCCAAGAAGCUAGCAGAUCAGCGAUUUCUGAACUUCUAAAGAUUAUUUGAGAAGCAAAGCUUAUCAGUAAAAGCUAGGGGACGAAUUGUUUGUGGAAUUAGGGAUUAUUUAUAUAGAUUCAGAUCUAAAGCAUAACUAUGUCUUUCACCGGCACUCAGCAAAAGUGCAAGGCUUGUGAGAAGACAGUUUAUCCAGUAGAGCUGUUGUCUGCCGAUGGAGUUGAUUAUCACAAGUCAUGUUUCAGGUGCUCUCACUGCAAAGGAACGCUCAAGCUGAGCAAUUACUCUUCGAUGGAAGGUGUCUUGUACUGUAAGCCUCAUUUUGAGCAGCUCUUCAAGGAGAGUGGGAAUUUCAACAAGAACUUUCAGUCACCUGCAAAGUCGGCUGAGAAGUUAACUCCAGAGAUGACAAGAUCACCAAGUAAAGCUGCCAGCAUGUUUUCUGGGACACAAGAAAAAUGUGCAACGUGUGGUAAAACGGCGUAUCCACUGGAGAAGGUGACGGUGGAGAGCCAGAGCUAUCACAAGUCAUGUUUCAAGUGCUCUCAUGGUGGCUGUUCUAUAACUCCGUCAAACUAUGCAGCCCUCGAGGGAAUUUUGUACUGUAAACAUCAUUUCUCCCAGCUUUUCAAGGAGAAAGGGAGCUACAAUCAUCUUCUCAAGUCUGCAUCAGUGAAGCGCCCAACGGCCUCUGUUCCAGAAGCAUGAGAUUCCAUAUCCUUAUUUAUUAUCUAUCUACAAGUGUUUGAUUUGCUUGUGUGUGUUUUCCUUCAGAUUUCUCUUUUGCUUUCCAUGCCCGAAAAUCGAAUAAAUUUGGUUUUCUGCACUUCGGUCAGCAUCUUCUUCUUGUUGUUUGAUUGUUACGGGAUUCUCAUUGCCAAUGUGGCUCUUAUAAGCCUUGUUUUAAUAGAGGUUUGUUAACUAAUUGAACUUUCAAAUGAAUUUGAUUAUUCUGUUCCCAA